AAAUUUCUUUGAUCUUGUGGCUUGAUCUUGUGAUGGCCGUUAAUCCCUCUGCUUCCGAUUCGCUUCCGACUUCUGCCACUGGCUCCGUUCCAGUGAUUGCUUUUGGUUCUGUUCCGCUCAUGAUUUCUGGCUCUGAUUCGGUUGCGGUUUCUGACAUUCCUGGGAGUUAUUCCUUUGCCCUAUAAAUCGAAUAACUGUCUCCCAAACUACAUUCUCUCUUUGACACGCAAUGCAGGAGAUCGUCAAAACUAAGGCCUCCACUGCCAUCGCCAACGCCGUGUUUUUCUCCCAUGUCAUCAUUCUGCGCUCCCAGACUUGAUUCCUUAUGCAUCCUUUCUGCUGCGUCUCCAGCGUUACGGAUCACUCACCGGUUAAACCUGUCCCGCCAGACAUCACCAUGCCUCCGCCUGCAACCACCAUGACGGUAGCCACCAGAUCUGAAUCCACCCGAUCCGCAGCUCUAGUUCACAAUCAAACGAAUAACCAUCAUGGUAAUAGCGCGGAUUUAAAUCGACCGAGCCAGAGAAAUAAAGCGGCGGUUAGGGAGGCGGCUCCGCCACCGGCGGAUGCGAAGAUUAGUGACCUCGUAGGGGUUGGGAUAUCUGGAGUACUGUACAAGUGGGUCAAUUACGGGAAGGGAUGGAGGCCGAGGUGGUUCGUUUUGCAAGAUGGCGUGUUGUCGUAUUACAAGAUUCAUGGGCCUGAUAAGAUCGUCGUUAACCAAGAGACCGAGAAGGUUGCAAGGUUAUUGGCGAAGAUUCCAUGCGCAUAAUCUCCGGCCACAAGAAUUCUCACUCUAAUUUCCAUCUUCUGCUUCUGUUUUCGUUCCGGUGACUGUUUCCGGUUUUGUUCCAGUCACAACUUCCGGCUUUGUUCCGAUCUCCACUUCUGGUUUCGCUCCGAUCUCUGCUUCCGGGUUUAUUCCGCCCUUUGCUUCCGGCUCUGUUCCGGUCUCUGCCUCUGGUGGUUCUGUUCCGGUGACUGUUUCUGGUUCUUCCGUUGAUAACGUGGGUGUCCUUCCCUCU